AUGAUGUCAUCGAAGAGCGACAUCUACGAGAGCGAGCACGACAAUUCCAAGAAAAUUGGAAUCUACAACUGUGCCAUCGGCGAUCGGGCACCCAGUUUCACCUGGGGCGACUUCGCGAAUUUCCAAAAGAAGCUCGUCAAGGAGGUCACGUUCAAUAAUGCCGUCCGCUAUCCCGCCCUCACCCUGCGCAGCAACUGGACGAUGCACAAAUUGUCAAUGAUCUUCCAGCAUUUCCUCCCCGCCUUCAUUGGGGAUGGCGUCCUAUCGAUAAUCGGGAAGAAACCCUUCCUGAACAAGGCGUACGAGCAGAUCAACGCCAUGCAGACGGCCCUCUCGUUCUUCACCACUCAUGAGUGGACGUUCAGGACGGAGAAAUUGGAAGAGCUCUCCGAGUUUCUGGACGAGAACGAUCGUCGGGAGUUUGACAUAGACGUGAGUUCGCUCAUCUGGGACGAUUUUCUGGUUCAUUACGUUCGAGGUCUCCGCGACCACGUCCUCAAGGAGGAACACAAGGGGGAAUCUACCCGCAUACGGACCUUGUACCUGAUCAACCAGGCCCAAACCUGCCUUCUGGCCUGCGGCGCCUUAGUCGCAUUCAAAGAGGUCCGAUGGCUUGCGGAAUCCUUAGAUGGAUAUUUCUGCGCUUGA